ACAUGAGAGUUGCUUAUGGUACGAUUCACCGAGUCAGUACCCAUAGGAUCGCUGUCCCGUAAAGAUCGUACCUCGGCUCCCACCGUUUUCGGCAGCCACCCGGAAAACGAGAAGACCGGCAACGGCGUCGCGUCAUCGAGGGUCGUAACAAAGGACUGCAACAGUCUUUCGACCGGAGGCGACUCGGAGAAACAGAGAGCACCCGGCAAGCAGAAGGCCGAUGACCAGGGGCAGAAGAAUCUAGAACUUUACAAGUGCGCUGACGAUAUGCCGGAGCUCAAAAGUGAUCAUGAAUUACAGAGAGACGACGAACAGAUCAGCCUGGACCUGAGCGAACCGCCGCCGGAAAUCAUGGAAUACGCUAGAAGGGAAUUAGGAGAGACCGAUGAGGUCAAAUGUCAAACGCUACAGGAAUUCCGCGACAUGAUCUAUGAAAGGGGCGAGUGUCUACCACACAGGAUGGAUGACGAUUUUCUCAUCAGAUUUCUUCGCGCCAGAAACUUUAACACAAAGAGCGCGCAUAGACUGAUAGUGAAUUACUAUAACUUCAAAGAGGAACAUCCGGAGAUCCAUCAGCAGAUGAACUCGUCCGAGAUGAGGUUCAUAGGUGACGACAACAUAAUUACGGUACCGCCAUACAGAACUCAAUGUGGGAGACGCUUACUGAUUUACCGUAUCGGCAAUUGGGAUCCACGUAAAUGUUCUGUCGACGAGCUUUUCAAGGCCACGGUCGGAAUUCUCGAGCUUGGUAUUCUUGAGCCGAGACAGCAAAUCAUGGGCGGUAUCGUCAUUUUCGAUCUUAAGAAUAUCUCCAUGACACACGCGUGGACCGUGACACCUCAGGUGGCGAGCAUGAUGCUGUCCCUGAUGGUAACCGCGUUUCCUGUAAGGUUACACUCGUUACACAUCCUCCAUCAAUCGUGGGUCUUCGAUGCGAUUUUCGCAGUCUUCAAACCGCUGCUCGACAGCAAUAUGCGAAAUAAAAUAUUCUUUCACGGUAACAACUACGAAAGUCUCUACAAACACGUCUCACCUCAGUACUUGCCGAAGAUAUAUGGGGGUGUGAGAGAGGAGCUGCCUUACUGGAAAUGGAUCGCAGCCAUAAUCAAAGAUCCGAAAAUUGUUGAAGAGAUGAGCAAAAUGGGAUAUUUUGUCACGGAUGAUAUUCGCAAGUCCUUCAUCUUAAGUUAAAAUCGAGUUUUCUGAGAAAAACUUUAACAAGAGAAUAUUAAAAUUAAUAUUUUGUACACGCGAUUACUCAGCAGUUAUUAGUCUGCACGUUCUUAUUAUCAAUAUCGCCAUUUAAUUUGUAGUUAUCGCAUCUUUCAACCUGUCGAUGAAGACAUAUAUAGGCUUUCAAUACGCUUUAUUUAGGUUUAUUUAGGUUUAAAUUUUAGUUAAUUUUAGAUUAAUUUUAGAGCGAUCCUAAACGUGAAAAUAUUUUUACGUUAUUUAUAUCCGAGAUAUAUUGUACUUGUGAUUAUAUAUUCAAUGUAUUGAUAAUUAAAGUCUAAAAAUAAAAAUUUUGCUACGAUUA